AUGAUGAACGACCGCCCUCCCCCGCCGGACGAACCGGACCCGAUCGUCCCCCGCGACCUCAAAGCAAAACGCACCGUGCCGUCACCCCGCAAAGCGGCCACCAUCCGGAGCGCAAAGGGAUCCAUCUUUGGCAAAGCAUCGAUACCCAGCGUCUACUGGGCCGGCGACGAUCCGACGCCCAUGAACAAUGAAGAAUUCACGUUCUACCGCGAGGACACGCCGCCGCUACCUGAUGGCACCGGCGGUGACAAGGCUGCUCGGACGCGGGGGUAUCGGCAAAGCGUGUUCGAUCACGACGAGGAGGAUAGCGAUCGCAAGAGGAAGCGCAAGUGCUGCGGUAUGACGAUGUGGGUGUUUUGGUUGCUCGUUGCUCUGAUUGUUGCGGUUGUUCUCGGAGUUGGUAUUGGUGUUGGUGUCGGCAUUGGCGCGAAUCAAAAGUCGGACCAGAGCGCCGCGACGACGAGGUAUGUGCUUCAUCUUCUCUUGAACUUUGACAUGCGCGUGGACCUGUCGAUUAACAAAGCUCUCCUCAAGCUCAACUUCAACGCCCACGCCAACUACUGGUGCAAGCUCGACAUCAACAACAAUGAUCGUGCCCACAAUGUCCAGCUCCUCCAUGCCACGGAGCGGCAGCGACGCAACUGCGACCGAGACAGCAUCAACAUCGAUUCCAACCUCGACGCGGACAACACGGUCUACAACGUCAUCGGCUCCGACAAGCGCUUCCUCCGGGUCUGCGGGGUCGACUACAGCGGCGACGACGGCGCCAUCGACAUGUCCAACACGCAGGCGAGCACCAUGGGCGACUGCAUGGAGAUCUGCGCAAAGUCGGCUCAGUGUACCGGCGUAUCGUGGGGCAACGUGAUGAUCAACGGCGCCGCGGAGCUGCGGUGCUGGCUGAAGCGGGACUUGAAAAAGUCGCAUGCAGCGGUAGAGAAUUGGAAUUUUGCCGUCCUGUUAUGA